GGGGGGGGGCAGUGGAACCCUAGAGGAAGGGGAAGGGGAAGCGGGAUAUCUUCAUGUAUGGCGGAUCCAUAUGCAGCGAGGUUUCUUAGAAUAAUCAGUACAAGGCGCUUCUGGUUCGUGCUAUUCGUGACAAUAUAUGGAGCUCUGGUGUGCUCGACAUGGAAGACUGUGAGAUCGGUGCUGAAAUGGCAGGCGAAUUUGAAGGAGGGGGAGGGGAUGGGAUGGCCUGCUCUGUACGCUUCGGUGUUGUUUGGAGCGGCGUUUGGGGUUCUGGCCAUGCUGGCCAUGCUCGCUGUGACCCUCCCGGCCAUGCUGCUGACGUGGAUUACCAUUCUUGUCAUGCUGGCUUUUGCCGGCAAGCCCAGGGAGUUGCUGGUUCUGGAAGGCAAGCGGAUUACCAGAGACAUUGCCUCUUUUGCCCUCAAGAUUAUGCUCAAGGAGGGAAACCUCGUUGCUGCUUCCUGUGCUUUGUUCAGCUUUUUGCUCUUUAUUCACAGACAGGACUAGGACUAGGACUUUCAGGUUAGUUCUUGCUUCUUUUCUCCAAAAAUAUAAACACAUCCUUUUCAACACCCCUUGUAUAUUCAUUCCCCUUUAUUCUUUUUUCUUUUGCCUUAUUGCUUUUCAUUAAACCCACUCUUCAUAGACUAACCUCGUCUAUUUAAUUACAUGGAACAGUAAAAUAGAGGCAACUGAUGAAGUGAAUGUGUUAAAUUUAGAGAAUUAAAUGUGAACGAAAACAUGUUUCGGAAUAUGAAUGUUAAUAGAUCUGGUGGCUCUUUCGAUUUA